ACGCGACAGAUUUUUAAACCAAUUUCUUGCUAAGCUGUUCUUUUUGGGUAACAAGAAGCAAUAUUUAUUUCACAAGUAGAGUACUACGGGUUCAAGGGAGAACCCAGCGCCAUGAACUACAACUGAUCAUCAUCGAACUGUUGCUAAUUCGCCAUGGAAAACCUAAUGUCUUACCUUAUUGCUUUCUUCCUGAUCUCCAUUGUUAUCAUCAAGCUUGUGUACAAGCACAACCGAAAUGCACCACCCAGUCCAUUUUCUCUGCCCGUAAUCGGCCACCUGCACCUCCUUAAACCGCCCCUCUACCAAACGUUACAGACCCUGUCUUUGCAGUACGGUCCUGUCCUUUCUCUUAAAUUUGGUUCCCGGUCUUGCAUUGUCAUUUCUUCUUCUUCUGCUGUCGAAGAAUGCUUCACCAAGAACGAUAUCAUAUUUGCAAAUCGUCCCCACACCAUGGCUGGUGAUAUUUUGACUUACAACUUAAAUGCUCCAGCCUGGGCUCCCUACGGUCACUUGUGGCGAAACCUCCGACGGAUUGUGAGCAUCGAGAUUUUCUCUCAGAAUAGCCUUCAAAAGUCUUCCAUCGUCAGACAAGAAGAAGUUUACUCCCUUGUCCGUAGACUGUUCAAGGUCUCGAAUAGGGAACCCCAGAAAGUCGACUGCAGGUAUGUUUUCUCACUUCUGAUGUUCAAUGUAAUCAUGAGGAUGGUCAAUGACAAGCAAUGUGUUGGAGAGGAGGCUGCUGGCACGGAUAUGGGAAAUAAACAUCUCAAAGAUAUGAAGGAAACUUUCUUUGCAAACUUGGGAAUGAAUAUAUGUGAUUUCAUUCCAGUUUUGAGGUGGAUUGGUUUCAAAGGGUUGGAGAAGAGAAUGAUGAAGUUGCACAGGAAGAGGGAGGGAUUUUUCGGGCCUCUGAUAGAAGAGAUUAAGCGAAAGAAUCAAACCAAUUCUUUGAAUACCGCUACCGUAAAGGACAUGGGAAAGAAGAGGACUCUGAUUGAAGCUCUAUCAUCUCUUCAUAAAUCAGAGCCUGAAUUCUAUUCAGAUGAUGUCAUGAAAAGCAUCAUUUUGAUGAUGUUUGCUGCGGGAACGGAGACAACAGCAACAACUAUGGAAUGGGCAAUGGCACUUCUGCUGAAUCAUCCGGAGGUAUUGCAGAAGCUUAAAGCAGAGAUUGACGAGAAAGUUGGACAUGAGCGCUUGCUAAAUGAUUCUGAUCUAUCCAAGCUUCCUUAUCUUCGUUCUGUCAUCAACGAAACACUCAGACUCUAUCCCCCAACGCCACUUUUAUCACCCCAUUUUUCUGCAGAAGACUGCACUGUGGGGGGAUAUAAAAUACCGAGAGGGACGAUGCUGUUAGCAAAUGCAUGGGCUGUGCAUAGGGAUCCCAAACUGUGGGAGGAGCCCGACAAGUUCAAGCCAGGAAGAUUUGAUGAAAUAAAUGGAGAUCAAAGAGACCACGCUUUCAAAUUCAUCCCGUUUGGGACAGGGAGGAGGCAAUGCCCCGGUGCAGGCUUGGCACUCCGAAUAAAUUCAUUGGCAAUGGGUGCACUUAUUCAGUGCUUUAACUGGGAAAGAGUUGAGAAGGAGAUCAUGGUGGACAUGAACUUGGAUCCAGGAUUUGUUUUGGCAAAGGCUAAGCCUUUGGAGGCCGUUUGCAGUCCACGCCAUGGAAUGAGUAAUAUUCUCGCUCAGCUUUGAUUAUCUCUGCAUGUAAUUUAAAUAUUGCUGUGAAAAAGCUAAAACUUCCUUGUCUUUUAUUUCUUCUCUCUGUCUUUUCCUUCUUGGUUGGUUGCAAUAAAUGAUUAUUUUCCAUGUUAUUUUAA